UCUUCUUUUCCUUCCUCCUCCUCCUCCUCCUCCUCCUCCUCCUCUCCUCCUCCUCUUCCUCCUCUUCCUCCUCUCCGCCGUGUUCCCGACAUGCUGGGAUGUCUCGAGAUUCCAGAGAGAGAGAGGAGGAGAGAGAUGACAAUAAACCGUUUGAGUUACCAUCUGAGUGGAUGAACGGACAGAUGGACAGAGGGAGACAGAGAGAGACAGAGUUGGUGUCCUUUACGCACAGAUCUUGGUUCGUGCGUCCUGGCGCGCCUCGUAUACCCAGAGGACUAAAGGACUUUUUGCCUUGUAACUUUUCUAUCUAAAUGUUUAGUUUGAUGACUUCUCCCUGCAGCGGUGGUUGUGUGUGUCUGCUCUGACUGCUCGCUACUAAAUGCUGCGGAGCUGCUGCUGCCUGGACUGGAACCUCCCCAAGGGUUUUUGGAACAGGCGUUUUAUUAUUUCUCGGUAACCGUUUGUCUCUCGGUGCAUUAGUGACAUGUCUGGACAGAAACCGUCCCUGAAGAGUGGUGGCUCUCCUCAGAGCCGCUUCCAGGUGGAUGUGGUGACAGAGGCCUCAACGGAUGGAUCCAAGCCGCCCGAGGAGUCCAAAGGCCGGCUCAGGUCGGUGGGCUUCCUAGACUCAGGCGGUGAGAUGGACAUCGGUCUCCCUCCAGAUGUCUCCCAUGAGCCGGACGCGGUCAGCCUGCAUUCAACGGGCACAGGGCACACGCACAUCUCGGAGAACUACUCCAACACCUACUACAUGAGGACCUUCGGACACAACACCAUAGACGCGGUGCCCAACAUCGACUUCUACCGGCAGACUGCUGCACCUCUCGGGGAGAAGCUGAUCAGACCGUCGCUGUCGGAGCUCCACGAUGAACUGGACAAAGAUCCGUUCGAGGACGGUCUGGCCAAUGGAGAUGAGCCGUCAGCGUCUGAGGUGGUGGCGGCUGCGUUGGCGGCGAAGGAGGCGAAAGGAGGAACCAUCAAGUUUGGUUGGGUCAAAGGAGUGUUGAUCCGCUGCAUGCUGAAUAUCUGGGGUGUGAUGCUCUUCAUCAGAAUGACCUGGAUUGUCGGACAGGCUGGAAUCGGACUGACCAUUGCCGUUAUUCUGAUGGCCACUGUGGUCACCACCAUCACUGGUCUGUCUACGUCUGCUAUAGCAACCAACGGCUUCGUACGAGGAGGAGGAGCGUACUACCUGAUCUCCAGGAGUCUGGGGCCGGAGUUCGGAGGCUCCAUCGGUCUCAUCUUUGCCUUCGCCAACGCCGUGGCUGUGGCCAUGUACGUCGUAGGCUUUGCAGAGACCGUCGUCGAGAUGCUUAAUGAUGUUGAUGCCUUGAUGACCGAUGAGCUGAAUGACAUUCGUAUCGUCGGGACUCUGACCAUCAUCCUGCUGCUGGGAAUCUCUGUAGCUGGGAUGGAGUGGGAAGCCAAGGCUCAGAUUGUCCUCCUGGUGAUCCUGCUGGCAGCCAUCGUUAACUACUUCAUAGGAAGCUUAAUGCCGAUGGAAAGCAAAGAGCCCAAAGGAUUCUUCGGCUACAACUCUGCCAUCUUCUUAGAGAACCUGGGCCCAGACUUCAGAGAGGACGAAUCCUUCUUCUCGAUGUUUGCCAUUUUCUUCCCCGCGGCCACCGGGAUCCUGGCUGGAGCCAACAUCUCCGGAGACCUCACGGACCCUCAGUCAGCGAUCCCUAAAGGUACUCUGCUGGCCAUCCUCAUCACUGGAGUCACCUACGUGGCUGUCACCAUCUCUGCAGGCUCCUGCAUCGUCAGGGACGCCACCGGCGACCAAAACGACACGGUGAGCGACACGGUGAACUGCACCGACGCCGCCUGCACGCUGGGCUACGACUUCUCCAUCUGCAAGGAGGGAGGCUGUCAGUACGGCCUGAUGAACGACUUCCAGGUGAUGAGUAUGGUCUCGGGCUUCGGCCCUCUGAUCUCUGCUGGGAUUUUUUCAGCCACUCUGUCGUCGGCUCUGGCCUCGCUGGUCAGCGCGCCCAAAGUCUUCCAGGCUCUGUGUAAGGACAACAUCUAUCCAGGGCUGGGUGUGUUUGCAAAGGGUUAUGGGAAGAACAACGAGCCUCUCCGUGGUUACGUCCUGACCUUCGCCAUCGGCCUCGCCUUCAUCCUCAUCGCCGAUUUGAACAUCAUUGCUCCCAUCAUCUCCAACUUCUUCCUGGCCUCCUACGCUCUCAUUAACUUCUCCGUCUUCCACGCCUCCAUGGCCAACUCUCCAGGGUGGCGUCCCAGCUUCAGGUACUACAACAUGUGGGUGUCUCUGGCCGGGGCGAUCCUGUGCUGCGUGGUGAUGUUCGUCAUCAACUGGUGGGCCGCCCUGGUCACGCUGCUCAUCGUCCUCGCUCUCUACAUCUACGUCAGCUACAAGAAACCCGAUGUGAACUGGGGUUCGUCCACUCAGGCUCUGAUCUACAACCAGGCUCUGACUCACUGUAUGAACCUCACCGGAGUACAGGACCACGUUAAAAACUUCAGGCCGCAGUGUUUGGUGAUGGCCGGUUUUCCGAACUCUCGUCCCGCUCUGCUCCAACUGGUUCAUGCCUUCACCAAGAACGUCGGCCUCAUGGUCUGCGCUCACGUCAGGACGGUGACCCGCCGGCCGAACAUGAAGGAGUUGUCUCAGGAACACGCCCGCUGUCAGCGCUGGCUCAAUAAGAAACGCAUCAAGGCCUUUUACACUCACGUGUUCUCUGACAACCUGAGGCACGGUGCGCAGUUCCUCAUGCAGGCGGUCGGUCUGGGCCGUCUGAAGCCCAACACCUUGGUCAUGGGUUUCAAGAACAACUGGAGUGAUGGAGACAUGAGAGACGUGGAGAUUUACAUCAGCACUAUACACGACGCCUUUGACCUGCAGUAUGGAGUGGUGAUCCUCCGACUGCAGGACGGACUGGACGUCUCUCACAUCCACGGACAAGACGAGCUGCUGUCGUCCCACGAGAAGCCUCCAGUCGACAGUAAGGAGGUGGUGAUUUCUGUCAUUCUGCCUAAAGACCCCGACUCCGACUCCUGUCCUUCCAAAACCACCAGCAACCAGAGCAGCCCGCUCAUCAUGAGAGAGACCAAGUCUCCUCUGAGUCUGGCCGACCAGCGUCUGCUGGAGACCAGCCAGCAGUUCAAGAAGAAACAGGGCAAAGGAACCAUCGACGUCUGGUGGCUGUUCGAUGACGGAGGUCUGACUCUGCUGAUUCCCUUCCUGCUGACCAACAGGAGCAAAUGGGGUGACUGCAGGAUCCGCGUCUUCAUCGGUGGGAAGAUCAACCGCAUCGACCACGACCGCCGAGCGAUGGCCACGCUGCUCAGCAGGUUCAGGAUCGACUACUCUGACAUCCACGUCCUCGGAGACAUCAACACCAGACCCAAGAAACACAAUAAGCUGAGCUUUAAGGAGCUGAUCGAGCCGUACCGGCUGAAGGAAGACGACAUGGAGCAGGAGGCUGCAGAGAGGCUGAAGGUCCAGGAGCCCUGGAGGAUCACCGACAACGAGCUGGAGCUCUACAGGGCCAAGAACAACCGUCAGAUCCGACUGAACGAGCUGCUGAAGGAACACUCCAGCGCGGCUAAACUCAUCGUCAUGAGCAUGCCUCUGGCCAGGAAGGGAACGGUGUCCAGCGCUCUCUACAUGUGCUGGCUGGAGACUCUGUCCAAAGACCUCCCGCCUCUGCUGCUGGUCCGAGGGAACCACCAGAGCGUCCUCACCUUCUACUCCUAACGCAUCGUUACAGUAUUACAGUGUUACAGUAUUACAGUAUUACAGUAUUACAGUAUUACAGCGUUACAGUAUUACAGCGUUACAUUGUUACACACCGCCUACAGAAAUAUUAUCACGCUUCAAAUUUUACGUCACAGAUCUGAAAGAAAAGAUUUUUCUGUUUCCAUUUGGCUUCAUUUGAGUUCUGUCUCGUUAACAAAUUAAUAAACAUUUAGAUUUAUUUUAUCUCCAACAGUAACCGGCUGUAUAUUCUUUGUGUUUUUAUGUGAACUACAGUAAAUAUUAACUUAUUUUAAUGUCUAUUUAUAUUGAUGAAAUCAUGAUUUCAGGAUGUUUGCUGGUAUUCACGUGACCUGUGAUAAUGAUUAAGUGGUAUUUCUUUUUCUUAUUGGGACAAACUGUUUCUCUGGUAACAGUAAUUUUUGUACAUUUAUUAUUUUAUUAAAAUAUUAACUAUAUAAA